GUUUGUUAUGUACUUCGUAUAUCGCGACCCGCUCCGCUCACAUUAGUAAUAAACCAGCUGUUAUUACGUACGGUCGUUUCAUUGCCCCUAAGUUCCGAUAUAACAACUGGCGACGAAUUACCCACAAGUGCAUAUUAUAUAUAAAAAAAAUAUGGCUCAACUUAUAGGAAACAUAUCUGAGUUUGAUUAUAAAACCCAAGAAUGGCAGAUCUUUUACAAGAAAUUAGAAAAUUUCCUAAAGUUGAACAAAGUUUUAGCUGAAGAUUGGUGCUCCGUGCUUAUUGCACAUCUUUCAGAUGAUUCGUAUCGGCUUGUGAGGAACCUCGUACAUCCUAAGGAGGUAGAAACAAUACAAUGGACUGAGCUGGUUAGAGUACUCAACGGACAUUUUCAACCGAAAAGAUCGACUUUUGCCGACAGGGCAAAAUUUUAUGGUGCGAUCAGAAUGGACGGUGAGAAAGUCGAAGAUUGGGCGGCACGUCUGAGGGGACUCGCCGUGCACUGUAAUUUCGGUACAGAAUUAGAUACGUUGCUACGUGAUCGAUUUAUUCUAGGCCUGAAGGUAGGUCCAGAAAGAGAUCGAUUGUUCGAACAAGACUCGAACUCCCUAACGCUUUCGAGAGCUAUUGAAAUAGCCCAGGAGACUGCGUGUGCGCGGGCGGCGAGAGCUGAUGUUGAUGGUGGUGAGCAGCUUAUCAAACAAGAGAUGGUGUAUCGUGUCAGCGAGCGUCGGGCGCGGGGCGCCUCGGCGCAGGCGGAGUCGUCGUGGGCAUCGGCGGCAGCCGCGCGCUGUGCAGUGUGCGGAUUGAAAGGUCAUUCCGUAGAAAAGUGCCGUUUCAAAGACUAUAAGUGUAUGAUUUGUGGUAAAAAGGGUCAUCUUAAGAAAGUGUGCAGUGUCAAAAAGGUCGGAAAACUGUCGUUAAAUAAUAUGGAUGAUAACGAAAGCGAUGGACACGAAUGUAAAAAAUGUGAUUUGUAUAAUUUAAGGAUUUCAAAAUAAUGAGGGAGGAGUGCAGUGUUUGUUAUGUACUUCGUAUAUCGCGACCCGCUCCGCUCACAGUAGUAAUAAACCAGC